AUGAUGGCUCGUAAGACUUUGUCAUCUUGGUUCAUCGACACAGCUUCCCUGGUCACCAAGAACACCUUCCUGGGCUGCAGGUCGCCGUGGCUGGAUCCCGUCGUCCUGCCACGGAGGCCCAGAUCCGACCCCGCCACCUCUACCUCGGUGGAUGCCUCGUCGUCCACCCUGGCCGAGCUCAGCGGCGCCAGCGAGCACGCGGGAGUGGCCUCGGAGGGCGGCGCCGGCAGCGCAGCGGCGGGAGAUGGCGCCUUCCGCGGGAGGACGAGGGCACACCGCCGCCGCCAGCAGCGCAGGCAGGUCAGGGGCAGGGGCACGGCAGCCAGCCCCUCGCAGAAGGAGGCAGCCUCCCUCUCCUCCACGCCGCGCGGCGCGCCUCCCCUGCGCUGCCUGGUGCGCCUCCGGCGCGGCGGCGGCGGCGCCCAGUCCGCCUGGCCCGGCGCCGAGGGCCUGCCGGGGGCGCAGCAGGCGGGCCGCCCGAGCGGGCCCGCGGGGCUCGGCUCGCCGAAGGGAUCGGGCCCCGGCGGCGGCACCGCGUCCACGAAGGUCUCGCUGUGA